GGUUCACAGCAACGUUGUUUACUCUUGGAAUUGAAUCGACUUCCUUCGUAGAGAGUCAAAACGCGUGCAUUAAACGUGUUUUAGAAAGCACUAACACUUCUCUUUGUGAACUCAGUCAAAUUCUUAUAGACCAAGCUGAAGAUAGAACAAACCAAAGGCAGUAUGAAAAUUUAGUUAGGGGUGUUCCUUUAACUACUAAUUAUGUAACAAUUUUUUCAAGAAUAGAAGCAAUUAUUACACGUUAUCUGUGUCCAAAUGUUGCGCAAUAUCUGAUUGGACAAAUGAAGGAAUGUGUUUAUUAUAUAGCGUACCAUUCCAGCAUUGAAGAAGUCGAAGAUGAACCAGCUGAUGAGCCAUCUGAGAGUGAAAGUUCAGAUGAAGAACCAGAUAGCAUUCUUAUGCGUGCAUAUUUUCUUUUGGAUCAAUUGGAUAAAUCCAAUAUCAAAGAAGUUUAG